GGGGAGAGAGGUUAGUGAAAGUGACGUGCUCGGUCGUUUACACUUGUGAGCUGGUAAUUACACUCAGUCUGUGAUAUUUCAUUUCCUCGCCAUGCCGGAUAAGGACGAUAGAGUGAAUUCUCAGGUUAGGUACAGUAGUAGAGAAGAAAUCGCGACUGACGAGGAGCACAGACCUCUGAUAUCUAUCGGUGCAGAGAGUAAGCCUUGCAACGGCGUGAGAGGCCUGGGCAAACUUGGUGACCCAACUUCUGAGCAUGACCUCGAUAAUGACCCAGACAGUGCAAUUCCGUUACUGCCGCUGGAGGCGGAGGCGGAGAAAGCGGAGGUGUUUCCACCCACCGUCAUAAAGAUCCAGGGGCACGUGGACAGCAAUGGUGCGAACGGCUGCAGGCCUAAAACAAGUUUAGUGGAACCCCCGUGCUCGAGGCUGUGGCCCAGUGACGGAAGUGUAGUGAAUGGCAUGGGUGUGCAGGCAGUGAACCAGCAGCACCCCGGGAGGCACAGCAACGGCACGCCCGUGGUAUAUGUGACAGAUCGCGUUGGCACCACAUACUCGGCCGUGCCCACCGUGGCAGUGGCGCCCUUGUACAGCCAAGCCCCGACGUGCCCCGUGAAGGGCGCGCACGGCUCGAGGAUGGGCGUGCGGCUGCAGGGGACGCAUCACGUGUUCACCAUCGUACCCGUGGGAAGCGGCGAGCUGUUGGCCGAGCAGCAACAACAGGAAGGAAAGACCGAGCCGAAGGCGGCGCCCCCCCAAGCCGCCGUCAGCAGCACUUCCCCGGCGCCGCGGCACUCAGCGUGCGUCGCGACCUCCAGCGUCCCUUCGCCCAUGCAGCGCCAGGCACUGUGCACCGCCACGGCCGCUCCCAUGCGCAAGAUCUCUACCCCCAGCAUGAGGGCGGCACCCGUCAUCCCCAUGAGCAUGGUGGCGACCCUCCCCACGGGCCUGGACCCCCCGCUUAACAAUUACCGCACUCUGAUGGCGCCCCCCAACAUGGCUGUCAACUACAACCCGUACCACACCAUCACGGGCAUGGUGCCCUCCACGUACCCGGGGCGCGAGUACGGCGUUGGCGGGGGCGUGUCGUUCCUGCCGCAGCGGGAGUACGGUGUGGGCAGUUCGCCCUUUUACCAGCGGGGCGAAUACGGGGUGGGGGGAGGCGUCCCUCCGUCCUUGGGACCGGUUAUGGCACAGCGGGGUCCUCACGGCGUGCCGCCUUCGCUGGCACCUGUGGUGGCACCGCGCGGCCCCGUCACCAACAGUCUCCAUGGCGCUAGUGCCGUGCCCUCUCCUCCCAAGGGCAUGCAGCGCGUGGCUACCAUGCCCUGCUCCUCCAGGCCCAUGGCGUACCACAUGACCAGCCGACCUCUAAGUCCCCAGGGGGGUUGGGUGGGCCCAGUCCCCCUCCAGCCCCCCACAUCUGAACAGCUGACCGUUCACUCCGUCAAUCAGAUGACGGUUCAAUCAGCUGGUGGACUUAGCAUCGACGUUGGCAGCACUGACGGCCGUAACGUGACAGUGCGUGGCGCACUGACCUCGCCCGACCAGCUGCCUUACCUGCCAGCUGUAUUCAGGCAUGGACACCACGAGGACAAUGACGGCAUGUACGACGGCGCGGAGGCGAGGCAGACUUGGGCCAACAAGGCGCAGUUCGUGCUGGCGUGCAUCGGGUACGCCGUCGGGCUGGGCAACCUGUGGCGGUUCCCCUACUUGUGCUACAAGAGCGGUGGAGGUGCAUUUCUCAUACCAUACUUCCUGAUGCUGUUCCUGUGCGGCAUCCCCCUGCUGCUGAUGGAGCUGACUCUGGGCCAGUACACACGGAGAGGGCCAAUUGGUGCCUUAGAGAAGAUAUGCCCCCUUUUUAAAGGUGCUGGUGUGGGAACUGUGAUAAUGUCCUUCUUGCUUGGAACCUACUACAAUGUCAUCAUCGCAUGGGCCAUCUUUUAUCUCUUUCAGUCAUUUACUAUAGAUUUACCCUGGCGAAAUUGCAAUACAACUUGGGCAGUAACUUGCUUUGAUGAUUACGGUGUUAAUAUUACUGCCCCGAACGGUACCAAGUCUGCUACUGAAGAAUUUUUUGAUGAAGUAGUCCUCGAGAAGAGUUCAGGCAUCGAGGAGAUGGGGACGAUGAGGCUGGAGCUGGUGCUGGCGCUCCUGGGGGCCUGGGCGCUCGUCUACUUCUCGCUCUGGAAGUCUGUGAAGUCCUCCGGCAAAGUGGUGUAUGUGACUGCAACCUUGCCUUACUUACUAAUCGGGGCAUUCCUAUGGAGAGCAUUGACGCUGCCGGGAGCUAGCACAGGUCUCCGGUAUUUCUUCAGUCCUCGCUGGGAACUCCUCGGAACAGCUGAGGUGUGGGUCAAUGCAGCUGCCCAAAAUUUCAACAGUAUUGGUAUUGCCUUUGGAUCGCUGAUUGCCUUCUCUUCGUACAACAAGUUCAACAACAAUAUCGUCUUAGACACCUGGGCCAUCAGUCUCACAAACUCAUUUACAUCACUGCUUUCUGGGAUGAUUGUUUUCUCAACGCUUGGGAAUAUAGCACUUGAACAGGGCAAGAAUGUUGAUGAUGUUGUUGCACAAGGACCAGGACUGGUGUUCAUGGUUUAUCCUCAAGCCCUGGCCAAGAUGCCAUAUGCAUCCCUGUGGGCGAUCCUGUUCUUCUUCAUGUUACUGAUCCUUGGUCUUGACUCUCAGUUUGCUACAGUGGAGGUUAUAAUUACAUCUCUCCAAGAUGGUUUUCCAAGAUGGAUUCAGAAGUAUUUGAGACGUCACGAAGUUCUGGUUUUGGUCGUCUGCUUUAUUUCUUUCCUAAUUGGUCUGCCAAAUGUAAUGCAGGGUGGCAUCUACUUUUUCCAACUAAUUGACUACUAUGCUGCAGCUGUAUCUCUUAUGUACUUGGCCUUCUUUGAAGUGAUUGGUGUGGUUUGGGUGUAUGGGGCUGGCAGAUUGUCCAGAAAUCUUCGGGAAAUGACUGGAAAACAACCUUCACUCUAUUUCCGCUUCUGUUGGUAUGCUGCAGCUCCGGUGUUGAUAUUUGCAAUUUGGAUAUUCUCAAUUGUGGACUACAAGGAACCAACAUACAAUAAAGGGGAGUACAAGUAUCCAGGGUGGGCAAUUGGCAUAGGAUGGAUAAUUGCUUCAUGUUCCAUUCUGCCCAUUCCCAUUUUUGCUGUGAUUGCAGUUAUUAAAGCCAAAGGAUCCAAUAUCUUGGAGAAAAUGCGGAAUUCAAUUCGUUCUCAAAUUGAGGAGUGCCCAUGUUGUGGACGCACCACCAACUGCUUGGAUGAAGCUCACAAUGCUGGAGAGGAAUACAUGGACCGCCAGGUGAAGCUGGUGGUGUACAACCCACCUGUGGCCAAUGGGGAUGCUAAGUCUGUCCAAGCUACUGCCGAGAAGGGAGAAGAGAGUGAGAACAAGGAGAAGGAAAAGAAUGUUGCAUGAAAAAAAAUGCUAUAGCAGCUCUUUGCCUCAUAAUAUACUGAUGGCUGAAUAUACUUAUACUAUUGGGACCAAGCAUAUUUAUCCUGAGAGGGCAAAGCCCACUUAAAGUGCCUUUUAUGAAUGUUUUUAUUAAUAUUGUAUUAUCACAUUUUCAGAUUGAAGCAAAAAGAUAUCAGCCCAUGUUAUAUAAGGUCUCUAUUAGUGUUAUAAUCCUUUAGAAAGAGGAAAGAUUUUUUAUUAUCAGACGACAAUGUAUUCUUGCAACAUUUUUCUGUCUUUUUGAACAGGAGGAUUAAUGAUAGCUAUGAGGGCAGAACUAGUAUUCAGAUAUUAAUUGGAAGUAUUUAUUGAAGUUAACUCAAAUGCAUUUCAAAGUAUUAAUAAAAAAGUAUUAAUGCAUUUCCUACAAACACAAAAUAGUUAUGAGGCAGCUUCUUGGUGUGAUUUUCAUUCCUGGUUAAAAUGUUUAUAUUUAUAUACAAAGCACAAAAGCACUUUUAGAAUUGCAUUAUAGAAGAAUAUAGCAAUAUUUGUCCAGUGAUGUAAGUGUGUAAUAUCCUGUUUGUUUUUAUCCAUUUUACCUUGGGAAGGUAAUUUUUAUUUAAUCUCCCUUGAAGGGGGUCUAGAAAAGAUUAUAUUCUUAUUUUCACAUAGAAAGUGGAGCAUUUUAUAUUUUUCCUAAAUGCAUCAGUAACACAAGUAUUUAUUUUACACAUAUCUAGUUGGGGCUGCAUUUUCCUCAGCCAAAUUAUCUACUAAGCUAAUGAAUGAUAAUACCUAUCCUGUCUGUCAAAAGGACAGGUUGUUAAGGGAAUUUCUCAUUUUAA